CUGGGAGCUGUGCGUGUGCUAGUAGGCCCCCUGGUUUUCUGCCGGGCCAGCAGCUGGGGUCUGAGUCUGCUUAGACCUCGUAGACCUAUAUGGAGUCAGACAAGCCUGGCUGCUGCCCCUCUUCUCUCUCCUCACACAUCUCUCUGUCUGUCUGUCUGUCUCUCUCUUUCUGGCUUACCAGGGCUCACCCAGUCUGGGGUGGAGGGAGGGGCAGUAGUUAUUGAAUUGGGCUCUGCUGCCCCCUCUAGACUGAGAGCAGGGAACUUUGCCACCUCACUUGUGUCCCCUGUGCCAGCACAGGGCUGAGGGCAGACAAGACCUCACCUUGGAGAGCUGGCUGAGCCAAUGAGUGAGGCAAAGCAGUGUCUGAAAUACUGCAAUGGCCACAGGGCAGCAGGAAUUCGUAGGAGGCUGGAGUCUGCAAAUCUGCGGGGAGGUGGGCCUGGGACCGGACUGAAAAGCACAAGCAGGAUCUGGACAAGAGAAGAGGAAGAAGCAGGGGGUUGUGGGGUGGGCAGUGCCCAUGGAUCAGAUAUUAGUGGUAGGAAAAGCUAACAUUUAUUGAGCACUUAGGGUAUACAGUCUGUGCAUCUCACUGACUCUCAUGGUGUCUCCACGAGGGUGGACAGGUGAGGAAGCUGAGGUUUGGUGGGUGACAAAACUUGCUCAGGGUCAUACAACUGAGAGCCAGAGCCGACCGCAGCCCUGGCUAGUUGGCUCCAGUGCCUGCCUUCCUAACCGGACAUCGGCAGCGGUGGCCAGCUCCCAAUUUAGCCAGGCCCAGCAUCUUCUAGCCGUGUGGGGUGUGGUCCCCGAUCUAGUGCCUUGGAGAGAGCCUCAGACUGGGGCAGGGGUCCCCUGGGGCUGAGCGCCUGCCAUGUAUCUGCAUUUGUAAUUGCUGCAGCAGUGACAGCAGCACCGCAUCACCCAGGAGGUAUCAGGUGCUUCACAUCUGUCACCUUGCUGACUGCUCCCGGAUGCUGUGGGUUUAGAUGUAUUAUCUGCCUUGUAAGGUGAGGAAAUAGGCCUAGGGGGGGUCAGAGCCACUAAGUGGUGGAGAGGGAUUCAAACUGGGGUCUGUGGGACUCUAGAGUCAGCAUACCUGAGCUAUGGCCUGUCACAUCAUCCCAGAGAUGUUUGCUAAGUGCCUUUCUGUAAAGAGAACUCCAGAGACCAGCCCAGAGCCCAGCUAGGUCCGUGGGCUGCUAAAGAUGGAACCCUACAUCUUCCUCAUGGCCUGAGGCCACCCCCAAUGCCCCACCCCUGCUGCUCUAGGGGGCUAUGCAGUGCUCGGGAGUGGUCCCUUGCAGGUGGCAGCAGGCUCUGGUGAGGCCAGCUGAGAGUGCAAACAUCAGGAGGGGACUUGGAAGGCCCUGGGGAUGGCAGCAGCACCAUUCACUGAUGCCUGCCCUACGCCCGGCUCCACCCAGACACUGAGAGUGGCUCGCAGCCCUACAUGGGAGAAAGACACCUUCACGUAUUCACAGCCCAACCCAACUCAUACCCUGGGGGAACAGUGAUGGAGGGCCCUGGGGCAGCUCAGAGUCUUCCCAGGGGACACAUCACUGGUGUUGGUUCUUAGAGAAGUUGCUAACUGCACAAGAGAGGGAGAGGGCUUCCAGGCAGAAGGAACAGCAUGUGCAAAGGCCUGGAGAGAGGAACUUCUAGAUAGACCUGUAUGACUGGGGUGUGGGCGCUGGAAGAGAGACAGGGUCAAGCCCUGAACAUUCUAGAACAGCAAGCCGAAGAGCUGGGAUGUGCCCCGCUGCUGCUGGCCCACCAUGGCCUGUGGCUCUGGACGAGAUACGGGGCCUGUCAGCCCCGCCUGUGCCAGGGCAGCAAGAGCUCCACAAAGUCCUGGCCAAUGCCUGCAAGUCACAGUUCCUCCCGGGCCACAGAUUCCCCUUCUGUGAAGUGGGUGUCCGGUGCUCAGGGCCAGGACUGGCACCAUGGCCCGGAGCAGGGCACUGCUGUUCCUGUUGCUGUUGCCAUCGCAGCUGCAGCUGGGACCGGUGAGCACGGUGAGGUCUCCGGGGUUUGGCCGAGGUGGUGCCCACAGCCUGAGCCCUGAAGAGAACGAAUUCAUGGAGGAGCCAGUGUUGGUCCUGAGCCCUGAGGAGCCCGGGCCUGGCCCUGCCACCAUCAACUGCCCCCGAGACUGUGCCUGCUCCCAAGAAGGUGUUGUGGACUGUGGUGGCAUUGACCUGCGUGAGUUCCCGGGGGACCUGCCUGAGCACACCAACCAUCUGUCUCUGCAGAACAACCAGUUGGAGAAGAUCUACCCCCAGGAGCUCUCCAGAUUGCAUCGACUGGAAACUCUGAACCUCCAGAACAACCGUCUGACUUCCCGAGGGCUCCCGGAGGAGGCGUUUGAGCAUCUGACCAACCUCAACUACCUGUACUUGGCCAAUAACAAGCUGACCUUGGCACCCCGGUUCCUGCCAAACACCCUGAUCAGCGUGGACUUCGCUGCCAACUAUCUCACCAAGAUUUACGGGCUCACUUUUGGCCAGAAGCCAAACUUGAGGUCCGUGUACCUGCACAACAACAAGCUGGCGGAUGCCGGGCUGCCGGACAACAUGUUCAACGGCUCCAGCAACGUCGAGAUCCUCAUUCUGUCCAGCAACUUCCUGCGCCACGUGCCCAAGCACCUGCCACCUGCCCUCUAUAAGCUGCACCUCAAGAACAACAAGCUGGAGAAGAUCCCACCAGGUGCCUUCAGUGAGCUGAGCAAUCUGCGUGAACUGUACCUGCAGAACAAUUACCUGACUGACGAGGGUCUGGACAAUGAAACCUUCUGGAAGCUGUCCAGCCUGGAGUACCUCGAUCUGUCCAGCAACAACCUGUCGCGGGUCCCGGCAGGGCUGCCGCGCAGCCUCGUGCUCCUGCACCUGGAGAAGAACGCCAUCCGGAGCGUGGACGCAGACGUGCUGACGCCCAUCCGCAGCCUCGAGUACCUGCUGCUGCACAGCAACCAGCUGCACGCGCGCGGCAUCCACCCGCGGGCCUUCCAGGGCCUCAAGCGGCUGCACACGGUGCACCUGUACAACAACGCUCUAGAGCGCGUGCCCAGCGGCCUGCCCCGGCGUGUGCGCACUCUCAUGAUCCUGCACAACCAGAUCACCGGCAUUGGCCGCGACGACUUCGCCACCACCUACUUCCUGGAGGAGCUCAACCUCAGCUACAACCGCAUCACCAGCCCACAGGUGCACCGAGAUGCCUUCCGCAAGCUGCGCCUGCUGCGCUCGCUGGACCUGUCCGGUAACCGGCUGCACACCUUGCCACCCGGGCUGCCGCGCAACGUGCACGUGCUGAAGGUCAAGCGCAAUGAACUGGCAGCCCUGGCGCGCGGAGCGCUGGCCGGCAUGGCCCAGCUGCGUGAGCUCUACCUCACCGGCAACCGGCUGCGCAGCCGUGCCCUGGGCCCCCGCUCCUGGGCCGACCUUGCCCACCUCCAGCUGCUGGACAUCGCUGGGAAUCAGCUCACAGAGAUCCCUGAGGGGCUCCCUGAGUCACUCGAGUACCUGUACCUGCAGAACAACAAGAUUAGCACUGUGCCUGCCAAUGCCUUCGACUCCACGCCCAACCUCAAAGGCAUCUUUCUCAGGUUUAACAAGCUGGCCGUGGGCUCCGUGGUGGAAAGUGCCUUCCGGAGGCUGAAGCACCUGCAGGUCUUGGACAUAGAAGGCAACUUUGAGUUUGGUGACGUUUCCAAGGACCGGGGCCAGUUGGAGGAAGAGGAUGAGGAAGACGAAGAGGAUGAGGAUGAGGAGGAUGAGGAAAGGCGAUAGUGACGGGGUGAACCGGAUUUGACAUAGGACACCGGACCGCCAGACCCCUUUCUGCAGCACGUACCUGUGCCCUGUGAGCCCCACUCUGCCAUGCUCACAGACACACCCAGUGCCACCCUCACCAGCCACCCUGCACCCCACUGCGACAACACAGGCUGGACACACAGUCUCCCAUUCCCCCUUGUUCCUGUAGUACCCCACGGCCAGACACGUGCAGGCAACAUGACACAGUCACACACUGCUGGCUGCACGGAGCAAGCCCACCAUACAGUUCCCCUCUCCAUCCCACGCCCUCCAUUGCCAUCAUGCCCUUGGACUCCUGCAGACUCAGGGAAGGGUCUGACCCUGCCCUGGCACUCACGGGCGCCUGCUCCCUUCACCUCGGACCCGCAUGUGCACGCGUGCACGCGUGCACGCGCGCGCGCACACACACACACACACACACACACACACGAGUCCCAUGAAAACAGCCCUCUAUGGCCUAUGCCACCGACAUAUCUUGCCCCAGCCAGAACUGGCCAGAACAGCUUGCCACCUGCUCAUCCGUCUGUUCGUCCGUCCACUGGAGAAGACAGAGUUAUCUUGGUGCUCUCUGUGGCCAGGUGCCUGCCACCCUCUGGAACUCACAGAAGCUGACUUUUGUUCCUUUUCUUCCCUUUGGGGACAGGAACCUUUGGGACUGCUGCCCUGGCCUGCCUGCCCUGACUCCCAGCUGCCCGGGCAGCCACUCCCUGCCAGGCCCUGGCCAGCCACAGGCAUGUCUGUGAUGGGAAACCCCAUUGAGGCCAGAGGGAAAGUCUCCUGGGGUUGUUGGGGCCUUGGGCAGAAGUCAGGCGGAAGGGCAGUGCCAGGCAAGGAGGAAAGGCCCAGCUGCCCUGAUGACAUACCUUUUUUAUUCUUUGGGCCUGUGGGAUGUUCUGGGUGCCUUGGGUUUUUAAAUUCUUUUUUAAGAAAAAAAAAAUGAUAAAAAACAAAACUGAUUUUUCUUGUUAUAGAAAAACUAAUAUAAAAGCAUUACCCCUUUCUGGCAGCCUA